CUAAUUCGAUAAGAUGUCUGUUUUUUAUAAUCGACAGUUUGUCUUCAAGGUCUCUAAGUUUCCACGUGUAGUAUUUAAUAUUUUUCGGCCAAUCCCUACCAUCCACUUGGGUGAUUUUUCCUAACAGUAUAUAAUUGACUCCAUUAAAUCAAAAUUUCAGUUUGCUUUUCGAUCUGAAUCUAUAAAGUUUACUUAUCACAAUGUUCGCUAAAGCAUUCAUAAUCGCGUCAUUCUGCGUGGCUGCUUCACUUCAAUGGUCGCAAUUCAAAUCUUGUGGAGACCAUACACAAGAUCCUCACCGUUUGGUAAUAGAAGGCUGCACCACUUUUCCAUGUAUAGUUCAGACAGGGCACAAUAAAGCCGGACAAUGGGACUUUAUAGCAACCACCAAAACUUCUGUGCUGAAACCGCAAGCUGAAUUGGCAAUAGGUGGACUUUGGUAUGUGCCAUAUCCACUGGGUAUCGACGACGGAUGUCCGUAUCUUAUCAGUAAAAAACAAUGUCCUUUGGAAGCAGGAGAUCAAGUAACUUACUUCUUUAGUAGGGCUAUUCCACGAGUCCCAUCCGGUGUGAUAGUAUGGGCCAGAUUCACACUAAAGGAUGAAAAUUAUAAUACUCACUGUUGUUUCGAAGUCGAAUUCAAAGCUGCGUAAGAUUUUUAAAGUCUUGAUAAAAAAAUUUGUUUGCGUAUUGUAAUUGACAUGAAGAAAAUUUGUGUAAAUGAUUGCUAUUUUUUUUAAACAAAAUAUAGACUUGAAAAUUAUUGUAUUUAUUAAAAUAAUUAUAGCGAAUUUCUGA